AUGAAGGCUUUUCUGCUUGCCCUGCUGCUGGCAGCCCUGUGUGCCAAGCAAGCUUCCUCCCUGUUUUGCUACAUAUGUGAAAACGAGCACUCCAACUGGAACUGCAUGAAAACCUACAAGUGUGAAGACAAUGAGAAAUAUUGCACGACCACAUACAGCACUGCUGGGAUUGGCAAGGACGUGGGCCAUCGCAUCACCAAGAAGUGUUCUGUGGACUGUCCUGAGACGAACGUCAACUUCGGUGUGGCAGCUUAUUCCACCAAAUGCUGCAGUACAUCCCUGUGCAAUUUCAGUGGUGCCAACAGCAUCAAAAUCAGCUACGGGGCAAUGUUGUUGGGGGUUGUGGCCAGUUUGAUCUGUGUCAUCAGGGCAGGACUGUGA